AUGGCUGAAAAUUGCCCAAUAAUCAAGCUCGUGUCGGUAUUCAACAAGGGAAAACUCUUGAUUCUUCCUGGUUGGCACCCAGAGAUUUCAACUCAAAUACUUAUCAUCUUACAAAAAAUGCAAUCGAUGAUAAGUCAUCUGUUCCAAAGCUUUCCUCAGAAGGUUUUUGAGAACAAAAGGCUUACGUUGCAGGAAGUCGUCGACCUUGUUGAAGAUUAUAAUAAGGUGGCGAAGCCCUACGCUCUGACUUGGAGCGGUUCCUACAACACUGAGAAUCUCGGUGACUGGGGUUAUUCCCAGUGCAAAGACGAUGUGGCACAAGACAUCGUCAAUUGGGCCUAUGGAAUGGUGAUCAACCCCCAAAUCUACUACAAUAAUGAGGCCAACGGAAAGCCGAAUCUGAAUGAAAUCUCGAAAAUCUGCGACGAAGCUCGCAUCGGAGAACACGAUGUCUUUGUCGAUUUGGGGUGCGGCGUCGGCCAGUUUGUCUACUUUGUCGCUGCGUACGCCCGGUGCAAGAAGACCAUCGGAAUCGAGAUCUCCGAUCAAUCGUUCAAAUUCGCCACGGAAGUCUCUGGAUAUUUCGAGAAAUUGAUGGCUCAUUUCGGAAAGAGAUUUGGAAAAUUCGAAAUCUCUCAUGGAGACUUUCUCGAGGAGAAGUAUCGGGCAUUAAUUUGCGAGGAAGCGACCGUCUUGUUUAUUAACAACAAGAUGUUUGACGAGACACUCACGCACCAACUGAAAGUCAUCCUUCGCAAUCUCAAAGCAGGAACCAAGGUCAUCACAACCAAGCCGGUAUGUGAUAUUCGUCAUGAUGACGUGAACGGUGAUGGUCCGUGCAAUUGUCAGGAGUGGUACGAAAAUCAUCAAACUCCCGGUGGCACAGGAGAAGAAUCCCAGAAGUAUUCUCUCAUGGUAAUUAAUUAA